GCUCAGUGGGAAGUUACCUACGUGGAUAAGUGAAGGCAUGCAAAGAUUGGUAAUAUUACGGUUACGAUCUAACAACUUUUCUGGUCAUAUUCCGAUUGAAAUAACAUGGCUUUUUUCUCUUCGUAUCCUUGAUCUUGCAAAUAACACUUUUUCUGGGGUUAUGCCACGAUCUCUUGAGAAUUUGAAAGCUCUAACUACCACUGUUGUGGUGUUAGAUAUAAAAGAUAAUCCUUUCCGAGAACUUUAUCGUGGUCAGUCUAAUAAUGACAGCUUAUCGUUGGUAAUUAAAGGGCAAGUGCUUGAGUACAAAGAGAAUGCCAUAUAUUUUAUGAGCAUUGAUCUGUCUUGCAACAGGUUAGUCGGGCAAAUCCCAGAAGAAUUAAGUUCACUUCUUGGGCUGGUAAAUCUGAAUUUGUCAUCAAACUUCUUGAGUGGAAAUAUCCCGUAUAAGAUUGGUAAUCUGCAACUAAUGGAGUCUCUUGACUUGUCCAAUAACCAACUUUCUGGUGAAAUUCCUCGGGGAUUGUCUGAUUUGACUUCACUGAGCUAUCUGAAUUUGUCCUACAAUAAUUUAUCAGGCACAAUACCAUCAGGACACCAACUUGACACUCUCAAGACAGAUGAUCCAGCUUCAAUGUACAUUGGCAAUCCUGGUCUUUGUGGGCAUCCACUUCCAAAGGCAUGUCCUGGAGAUAAUCCAACACAAGAAGAUCUCGCCAGGUGGCAUGAAGCUGACAGCACUCAUACGGAUUUUCAUCUUGGUUUUACUGUGGGAUUCUUGGCAGGCCUUUGGAUAAUAUUUUGUGGCCUUUUGUUCAAGGAGACUUGGAGAUAUGCCUAUUUCAGCCUAUUCGACAAACUAUACGACAAGGUGCCCGUCUUCUUCUUGUCACUUGGCAACAAUGGCUCAGAAAACCAGGUACAAACUAAGCAAGUACUAUAAAGGCACAUCUAUGACGUGCCGAUUGGACUAAUAUCUUUGACUGUGGGGCUUUGGGGUUUUUUUUUUUGUAAUGGAUCGUUCACAUCACCAUGUUAAAAGCUCUCAAGAUAUAACACUAUAAUAAAUGUGUGGUAUAUUGUUGUACUGUAAGUCUGUAAUGUAAGAGGUCGUUUAUUGUAAAAUAACAUCCAUAAGUUGCUGUGUGAUCUGCUUGUCGUUUGGAAUUCCCACAAUAUAUUGAAGCUAGUGCCCUCGGCAAUCCAA